AUCAUUCAUCCAUUGAGCGAGCUGCAGAAUCGCUGACAAUGUAGCUGCCAUUUCUGCUCGCACCACGAAAUAACAUGUUGUGCUAGCGCAGUUAUUUGAAUCUUUCAAAUUCGUUUUUCAGUGGCUAAAAUGCCGUUAUAAACGUUCUUAAUUCAAGAAAGAAGAGACUUUCUAUAGUUACGCCCAAUAUCUGUGGUUACAAUGAGAUUUAUAUUUGGUUGAUUUAUGGACGUUUUGUUUCCGUGUCUAGGCCGGACUGACGCUUUGUUUUUCCUGUCAACCCCGCCUUGUCAGCGGAGCGGAAGGAGUGUGUCGCGUACAACAACAUCGAUUUUGCAGUCACGUUUUCCUUUGGAUGUGAGCGUACGGCCGGUAACGCGAGUAAAUGUCAUUAAUAAAUUGUCUAUAUUGAUAGAAGGAUAUUACAUUACGUUUAACAUGCUAAUGUUUUCGUAAAAUGGAAAACUAACGCCAAAUAUUAACCCUUCUGAAUCACAAGGCUAGGUAGGCCUAUCCACAUCGACUUUUCCAGCGAACGUGACAGGUAAAAGUUUGUUAUCUCAAAAUAUGCAAUGCAACACAAAGUUUGAAUUCAUAAUCUGAGGUUCUGAUGUUUACCAAAUGACAACGUUCGCGUUACUUUCAUAGUCAUUACAUAAAUCUGAUUUCUGUCUUGGAGAAUGAGCUAUAUUGUUUUUUUUUUUAAAAUCCUUUACCACAGUGUUGUGAAUGUUUGAGGGGAUACCUCGAUUGGAAUCAUUCAUUAUUGACACCUUAUUAUUUUCUUUCAGAAAUUUUUAUUUUUAAACUUGACUGCUUUUUUGUGAUGUCACUUUCAGUUUCACCAGUUUCCGAAAUUACAAAUUUGUUUUGAUUGAAGGAUUGGAUUACAAAGUCAAAUUAAAAUGCAGCGUUUGGGAGUGCCAGUGUACCCACAGGGUACGAACACUAAUACUAGCAAUAAUAUGGAUUCAUCGGGUUAUGGUGGCCACAGUCCUGACCGAGGGCGCUUUCAGAAUCAACCACUUCCGCCUUACUCAGCAACUGAUCUGGCAAACUAUAGGGUUGGCUAUGAAGGAUCGCAACGCUCUCUAACUGAAAUCGAUAACCAUAGGACGACAAGUCCUGCCACUGGGUCGGUUCGCCAAUCGGCAACCAAAUUUGCUAACUAUCAGAUAAACCACGCAUCUGCAACUAAUCUGUCUUCACCAACUGAGACAAGGGAUUAUAGAACUAGCUAUGGAGCUGCAACAAACCGGCAAUCACCGACUAAGUUUGGUAACCAUCAGAUAAACCAUGUUUCUCCAACUAAUCACCAUCAAUCACCAAAUGAGGCUGUUGAUUAUAGAGCUAGCCAUGUGGUCACAUCUAACCAACAAUCACCAACAAAGUUUGGAGGCUACCAAGUUAGUCAUGCUUCUUCUAAUCUACAGUCAUCAACUGAGAUCGGGACCCAUAGAAAUAGCGAUGCAGUAACAUCAAACCAACAACCAUUAACCCAGUUUGGAGGCUACAAAGUCAACCAUGCUUUACAGUCACCAACUGAGAUUGGGACCCAUAGAAAUAGCAAUGCAAUUACUUCUAACCAACAACCAUCAAACCAGCUUGGAUGCUACAAAGCCAAUCAUUCAUCUACAUCUAGUCUUCAAUCACCAAAUGAAAUUUCGAAUCAUAAAUUAAGCAAUGUAGCAGCAAAUUAUCAUCAUCAGUCUGCAGCUGAAAUUGGUGAACAUAAGCUUGGCCAUGCAGCUCAAUCAACAGGCGAAGCUGGUAACAAUAGAAUAGGCCAAGUAGCCACUUCUAAUCACACUGGCUAUGCAGCUAAUUCUCAGGUUUCUAACACACGACAGACAUCACUGCAACAUGUACACCCAUUUAGGCUUCACAGGUCUUUGCCUUUAAAUGAUACUGAAAGUACACACUUGUUUACAUUCUUACUAUCUAUGGACAGUAUAGAAGACCUACGAACAACGCCACUGAGAUCGUCUGUAGCCUCGUACCAGGGACAUAAAUGGUAUUUAACCAGCAGCAUAUACGUCAAUAACGAUGGCAUAGAAUUCUUAGGUGUAUUUCUGUAUUGGUUAACUACACAAAACCAUACAAUUGGUGACAAUGAAGUUGAUAUCAGGUGUCGUACUGAUUAUCGUAUCAUUGUUCGAAACGUCAUUAAUCCCGCAGAAAGUAAAAUUUCGGAAGGUGCUCAGAUGGAGUACAGCCCUACCAUGACAACAGGCUGGGGAAAGCGUGAAUUAAUAGCAUUUCAAGAAUUAUGUUCUCGAGGAAAUGGCUUUAUUAAUGAGCCCGGAAGUUUAGUUAUUGUUGAACUUGCAAUGAAAUCUUGCACUACCACGUUUGAACAUUACAUUGAUGUAUCACAUCUAAAUACACAAACGUUUCAAGAUCAGCAUCAGUACCCGGCUCAUUUUACCCCCAAUUUUUCUCUUGGUGCUUACGAGUUUUACCUGUCGGUUUACCCGCGGGGUGAUAGAGACAAGGCACGAAGUUGCGUUUCCAUGUAUCUUCAUCGUUAUUCCAGCUCCUCUGACCUUUUGGGCUGCCGGGUACGAUUCCGUUUUUUUGUUGGGAAACGCGUGUCACCAUCAAAUGGUGCAACCUUUGACUACGUUUUCAAAGAAAAUAAAGGUUAUGGUAAAUACAAAGCCUUCGAACCACUUGCAGCCACUGACUUCUUGAAUCGUUCAUCCAUUCUAAAUGUUGGUGUAGACAUUGUUUCAGUCACGCCUCUUGCUCAGAUUGAAGUGCCUCUGGUAACGCGGGGAUAUUACCACACCGACAACUUCGUAUUUGAUGAGGUUGUUUUUCCCGACCAUAAUUUUAACUACUGGAAAUUGACAGUUGAUAACACAAACACAAUGCUUCAGUUGAAAUUUGAUGCACAAGAUAAAUUAAAGUUACAAACAACAGAUGGGAGUGAGAACCCCUGCACAAAAUUCUUGCAAUGGCGGGCAUUUGUGAUCUCGCGAAAAGAUAAAAAGAAGAGUAAAGCAGUUUUGGCAUGCCCAAUAACAGCUUUCUUCUCAAGACAUCUUUCUGAUUCUCAAAUAACCAUGUCUACUCAGAUCCCUCUACAAACAGCCAAGGAACUGAAUGGAGAUUACUGUACUAAACAAGAGCCAUCCCUCCUUGUUCGCCUUGAACUUCUUGAUCUACAAGACCUGCCUGAAGCAGUGCAUGAGCAACCUGUUCUUCAUUUUGAACGCAUUCAACUUUAUCAUAUGAGGGAUGGUUUCCGUCGAUGCAUGAAAGUACAGAAUAGGUUGGAGAUGCAGAUAGAUGAAUUAAAGAAACAAUUGAACGAGCUGGUUCAUGAUCGCAGGGUUGGCAAAGAGGAUGCUAUCCAGCAGAUGUUAGCUCUUCUCCAGAUUCAUGAAAACGCUCCAAAAGCUUCAUCACCAACUGCCCUACCUCACAGUCUUGAGGUCCCAUCAGAGGCAAGCGAGCCGCUCUCAGAUUCCAUAGAUGGCAGCCUAAACACCUCCUGGCUUCCUCCACCGAUCGUCAACCACCACGUGCCACAAACGAUAGAAGCUGACCCACAUGGUGGAAUAAUGCAGACAGAUUUAUAAAUUCUGUAUUACAUUUAUAAACCUUUUUAUUCAAAAAAUGAGAAUUUAUAAUAUUUAUAUAAAUGUGAUAUCCAAUGUGCAUGUAAUUACUAAAAACAUUUUUAACACCUUGCUUUCUAAAAAGUGUAAUACCACAUGAUGUUAACUUGAAAUCUGUCUGAAGUGAGAAGUUUGAUUGCUUGUAUGAUUGAAAGUGCAUUUGGAUGAGUUUUUAUUUUUACUAUUUAUCUUAUUUAACUGAAUUUUGGUUUACAUCAAUUAUCUAAGAUUAUAACGAGGCAACUCAUAUCUAAGAUAUGUAUUCAAUUCAGCCUAUUUGAGGAAGGUACUUAUGCUAUUAGUAUACAUAAUUCUUAAAAAUUGUCUAAGAGACACAAUCUAAUAACACUUAACAAGAAAAAUAAUAUUAGAAAUAGAAUUAUACAAUAAUAAUUCUUAAAUUUAACACCCUUGCAUUUGCUUAGGCUAAUGUUAUAAUAGUUAGGGGCAGCUUUUGCUAUUCAAGUGGAUGUGAACAAGUCUGCUAUCACGUCUCCAACACAGCAACAAAAUAUCAUACUAUCAAAAUAUUGAUUCUCAAAGGCAGCUGGAAUUUCUUAUAUAGUUUGAAUUGAUUUAAUAUUAUCCUGGUCAAGCUUGAGUGAGUAAUGUAAACUGAAGAUAGUGCUUGUUAUAUUAAAUCAAUAAUCCUGCCAUUUAUUUUUUAUAUUCAUGUAUAUAUUGUUUCUGAUUUGCUGACUUAUAUAUUUAUAGUUAGAAUCCUCAGGAGAAAAUGAAGUAACCUUAGGGUGUAGAGUUGAUUAGGUCAUUAUUGCUUGCUUUUCGUAGUUAUGAAUAAUUUAUUUUCGUGAAUAUCUGCAGUUUUAAAUGAUAAUCAUGUUAAUGUUGUUAGUGUUUG